GGCGGGAGUCUUGACCGGCUCCUGGGUUCUCAGUUACCGCGCUCGCUCUGAGUCCCUCACCGCUGUGGUCAUGUUCGUGUCAGAUUUUCGCAAGGAAUUCUACGAGGUGGUUCAGAGCCAGAGGGUCCUUCUCUUUGUGGCCGCGGACGUGGACGCAUUGUGCGCGUGCAAGAUCCUUCAGGCCCUAUUCCAGUGUGACCACGUGCAGUAUACAUUGGUUCCAGUUUCUGGGUGGCAAGAACUUGAAACUGCGUAUCUUGAACAUAAAGAGCAGUUUCAUUAUUUUAUCCUCAUCAACUGUGGAGCUAAUGUAGACCUGUUGGAUAUCCUUCAACCUGAUGAAAACACCACGUUUUUUGUUUGUGACACUCACAGGCCAGUCAAUGUUGUGAAUGUGUACAACGAUACCCAGAUCAAACUACUCAUUAAACAAGAUGAUGACCUUGAAGUUCCUGCCUAUGAUGACAUCUUUAGGGAUGAUGAAGAGGAUGAAGAGCAUUCAGGAAAUGAAAGUGAAGAUGGGUCAGAGCCUUCUGAGAAGCGCACACGGUUAGAAGAAGAGAUAGUGGAGCAAACCAUGAAGAGGAGGCAGCGAAGGGAGUGGGAGGCCCGGAGGAGAGACAUCCUCUUUGAUUAUGAGCAGUAUGAGUAUCAUGGAACUUCUUCGGCCAUGGUGAUGUUUGACUUGGCGUGGAUGAUGUCCAAGGACCUGAAUGACAUGUUAUGGUGGGCCAUCGUGGGACUAACGGACCAGUGGGUGCAAGACAAGAUCACUCAAAUGAAGUAUGUGACCGACGUUGGCAUCCUGCAGCGCCACGUUUCCCGGCACAACCACCGCAACGAGGAUGAGGAGCAUGCCCUGUCUGUGGACUGCACACGCAUCUCCUUCGAGUACGACCUCCGCCUGGCGCUCUACCAGCACUGGUCCCUGCACGACAGCCUGUGCAACACAUGCUACACGGCUUCCAGGUUCAAGCUCUGGUCUGUGCAUGGGCAGAAGCGGCUCCAGGAGUUCCUGGCGGACAUGGGUCUCCCCCUGAAACAGGUGAAACAAAAGUUUCAGUCCAUGGACAUCUCCCUGAAGGAGAAUUUGCGGGAGAUGAUUGAAGAAUCUGCAAAUAAAUUUGGGAUGAAAGACAUGCGCAUACAGACUUUCAGCAUUCAUUUUGGGUUCAAGCAUAAGUUCCUGGCCAGCGAUGUGGUCUUUGCUACUAUGUCACUGAUGGAGAGCCCCGAGAAAGAUGACUCAGGGACAGAUAACUUCAUCCAGGCCCUGGAUUCACUCUCCAGGAGUAACCUGGACAAGCUGUACCGUGGCCUGGAACUCGCCAAGAAGCAGCUGCAAGCCACCCAGCAGACCAUCGCCAGCUGCCUCUGCACCAACCUGGUCAUCUCCCAGGGGCCCUUCCUCUACUGCUCCCUCAUGGAGGGCACUCCAGAUGUCAUGCUGUUCUCCAAACCAGCCUCCCUGAGCCUACUCAGCAGACAGCUUCUCAAGUCCUUUGUGUGUUCGACGAAGAACCGACGCUGCAAGCUGCUGCCCCUGGUGAUGGCAGCCCCGCUGAGCAUGGAGCAGGGCACAGUGACAGUGGUGGGCAUCCCACCGGAGACCGACACCUCGGACAGGAAGAACUUCUUUGGCAGGGCGUUUGAGAAGGCGGCAGAAGGUACCAAUUCCCGGACACUGCACAACCACUUUGACCUCUCAGUAAUUGAAUUGAAAGCAGAGGAUCGGAGCAAGUUUCUGGAUGCACUAGUUUCCCUCUUGUCCUGA